GAGAGAGAGAGAGAGAGAGAGAGAGAGAGAGAAAGAGAGAGAGAAGAGCAGAGAAAGUCAUACCUUUAAGGAAGAAUUCGAAAGGAAGUGUCAGGGGAAGAUAUCUCACGUGACAGCCUGGGGACACAACCCGCACUCAACGACCGCUGGGACCCUAGUAUGACUCAAGAAGCAAGAUAAAAUCCUGGACAAUGACAGGCACAGUCAAAGACACGGAAAACAGCCCGCCUCCUAUGGACACGAUCAGCCUCAACUUUGGCGACGAGGCCGGGGUGAGCCAACCAGUGACGCCGAGAACGGACCUGGCUCUGUUCAGGGUGCCCAUGAACAUAGAGUCCUCCUCUGCCUCCACCCCAUGCAGGGUAACCACUACUAACCUGGGCGCCAGCUUCGACUCCGCCAUCGCCCCUCUAGCGCCGCCCUACCCCGCCACGGACGAGGAACCACCUCCCCCUCCCUCAGUGUUUUCCAUCGCCGUGCCUCCUCCUCCCACGCGGCGACAACAGCGACAGCCACGGCGCCCGCAACAGCAACCCCGUCGGCGUGUGUCCGAGGUCCCUCUGCAUCCUCGGGACCGACAGGUUGACGAGGAAGAAGAAGCCCGACGGAAGAAAACGAGGACGACCUACGUGCUCAUCGCCUCGUUCUUCAUCGCUCUCGUUAUCUUCGUUGUGGUCAUCAUUCUCUAUAGCAUAUGA